UCGUCUUAUAACAAAUCCAAGCAAUCGAUGCUUUAAGAACGUCAAAGAAAAUUUUCAUUCCGUUCAACAAACGCUCAAGCAUUCGUCAGCCCAUCUAGCGAUCCGUCGGAGAAAAUCUCGAAAGUCCAGGUACGAAUUAACGAAAGCACCGCGAUGCCUGUCCACACCUGGCUCUGGGCGCAAUCGUUCCACAAAAUUCAAUUACUGGCGCAAUUGCGUUCCAUUGUGCCGAAACGCAGUCUUCACGGUCAAACUGUAGUCGGUGCGGAGAAAUGUUCCCGACCACCAUCCAGAGGAUUGGUCCUGGGAGUUUACGCCGAUGAGCACGACCGGGAAGACAACGGUCUGCUGACACCAACUGCCGCCAAGUAUAACGAGUCCUAUACGAACGGGGCCCUGAUGGAUAUGCUUCACCUGGCAGGGCCAUUACCGAAACGUGGUCAAACCAGGAUUUUCUUCAAUCUGGAACCGACCUACUCUGCGGUGGCGGUCUGUGGACUCGGCAAUGAAUGCCUUGGGUACGAUCCGACGGAAAAAUUGGACUUGUCGAAAGAAGCAAUCCGUAUAGCAGCAGCCGCGGGAUGUCGUGCUCUGCAAAAGCUGGAAACCAAUCGUAUCUACGUAGAAGACUUUGGCCACGCUGAGUCCGCAGCCGAAGGCGCUCACAUGGGCAUGUGGAUCAAUCAAAAGCUGAAGAAACCGGAAGAUCGUAAGUUCAUGCCACAACUUCAGUUAUACUACGAUCCGCAACUGCCCUGCGAUGCAAAUGGUUGGAAAAUUGGCCUUGCCAAGGCAGAAGCACAGAAUUUGGCAAGGGAACUGCAGGAAGCCCCAGCGAAUCAUAUGACUCCGACGACGUUCGCCCAAAAUGUCGUGCAAAUUUUGUGUAAUUCAGGUGUCAACGUGGAGGUUAAAGUGAGGAGUUGGGCAGAAAGUCAGGGAAUGACCUCGUUCUUAACCGUAGCCAAAGGAUCAUGCGAACCUCCAAUUUUCCUAGAAUUGAGCUAUUACGGAACCAACCUCAACGAAAGGCCAAUUGUGCUGGUUGGACAGGGCAACACCUAUGACAGUGGUGGUAUCUGUGCCAAGAAGCUUCACGCGCUCAAAGACAUGCGAGGGGAUAUGGCAGGAGCGGCCUGUGUCGUUGCAACAUGUCGUGCUAUUGCUGCCCUGAAACUGCCCGUCAAUAUCCGAGCUCUGAUUCCACUGUGCGAGCAUAUGAUUGGUUGCAAUGCGAUGAAAGCCGGAGAUGUAAUUCCAGUAAAGAAUGGAAAGAGCAUUGAAGUGGUCAAUACCGACUACGAAGGCCCUUUGGUGCUGGUAGAUGCCCUACUGUACGCGACCAGCUUUGGACCCAAAUACAUUGUGGACGUUUCGACGAUUUCAGAUCACGUCCAAAGUUCGUUCGGAAAAGUGUGCAGCGCUGUGUUCACCAAUUCAGAAGACCUAUGGCAACGUAUCAAGAAUGCAGGAGUUCACACCGGCGAUCGGGUUUGGCGGCUGCCCCUGUGGGAGUACUUCAGCCAGCAGAUGUGCUCGGUAGAGCACGUGGACGUCCAGAACUAUGGCAAAGGGGUGGGCGGAGAAGCAUGCAAAGCAGCAGCCUUUUUGCGCGAGUUUCUACCCUGCGGUCAGUGGAUGCACAUCGAUGCCCAUAACGUAAUGACUACCAAGGGCGAGGAUUACCCGUAUCUACGCCGGGGAAUGGCCGGGCGGCCGACGAGAACAUUAAUUGAGUUUAUUGCGCAGGCUUGCUGCAAGGAAAAAUUUAGCUCUCAUCAUUAGGAUACAUCUUAAAAUGUAUAGUUACAUGUAUUCUGGUAGUAUUUAUUGCAAGUUUAUUUUUUGGUGGAAUAAAUUGUUUGAGUAAAAUUUA